UUCGUCAUCAUUCAGUGUAGGGAUCCCAUGAGAUAGCACAUACCAAUCCCAUAAGUCAAUGCGCUUACCUUUCCCGCUCAUGGCGGAUGCAUUUUGAGAAGGCGAGAAAAAAUUUUUAAAUUACUUGAAAUUAAGCAAGAACAACACAGUUUUAUAGAUACAAAGUCUAAUAUGAGCGAUCCACUGGACGAACUAGCUCUAUUAACUGACCACGAGAGGCCGGAAUCGGCUGUGGGAUUCACAGAAGAAGCAAAACAGAGUGCUCCCACGAGGAACACAGCUGUUACUUUGGCACCCGAGAAAGGAGAUGCCAGGACAAAAACUACCUUGAAAAAGGCAAAAAAGACCUCUCAUACAUMUAGUGCAAKUAAAGGGAAAAGUCCCGCACUUGAGAGGGAGUCUAGUACAAGUACAGCCCACGAGGCUAGUAUUGUACAAGGUCUAGCUGAACUAAAGGAAAUCCAKCAAGAAUCAAUAUCUUCGUUUAAGGCCAUGGUAGAGUCAAUGACCUCGAGAAUGGAGAGUUUUUCUCACAGAGAACACUCUCWUAAACGAAAAAGUAAUGAAAUGAGUGAGUCAGAAGACAGCGAACUCGAAGACGAAGAACAAAAUGGCGGCAAUGAAGAAAUGGCGGGAAACCCGGCCAACGUCAGCAAAGAGGUCGAAGACCUCCUGAAUACGGCCCYAAAGCCUCAAAAAGAGGAKGAAGAUGAGCUUCUGAGAGAAUUAUCGAAGCUAUAUGAAACAGAAGGAGCUACAACUGAUCCAAUUAACGGGAAGUUGGCUCCUUUGAUUGAUAAAAUGGUCAAAACAUCCUUAUCAGAGGAACAGCUAAAAGAAAAGUACGAUAAGUACAAUCGCCCUGAGAACUGUGAGAAUCUUAUGGGAACGAAAGUGAAUCCUGAAAUAUGGAGUAAACUAAAAAGCAACACAAAAACAAAGGAUCUAAAGAUGCAAAAGAUCGAAAAUAAUCUUGUCAAAAGCAUGCUACCCAUUGUUCAAAUAGCUGAUAAGUUGUUAAACUUGAAAGCGAAUGCCAAAACAGCUUCUAAGACAGAAGUAUGUGAUUGUCUAGCUUUAGCACUAGAUUCCCUGAUUCUCAUGGGGCAUUCUAUCAAUGAAGUGAAUCUCAAACGAAGAGAUUUGAUCAAGCCAGACCUAAAUGAUCAGUUUAGGCAAUUGUGUGGUACACAAACACCAAUAUCAAAACUACUAUUUGGGGACGACUUACCCAAAUCAGUAAAAGAGAUCAACGAAACCAACAGGGUUGGACAGAAAGUGUCCAGUAAGACAAGCUCGAAUUACUCGAAGCAUUCUUAUCACAAAAGAGACAGGUACCCUAACAGUCAUGGGAAGUCUUUUUUAUACAAACAUCAAGGGCAAGGGAAGAAACCUGCCCACCAGUCCUACAAAAAGAAGGACAAAUCAAAAGAACAAAACUAGUUGACAAUGAAUAUCAAGUUUUGGUGAGUAAAUCCAACAAUGCAAAUGACAAUUCAUUUUGCAUAAGGCAUAAAGCAGGUAAACUGAAACACUGUGUGCCAGCCUGGAAAAAA